AUGAGCAGUCAGAAGAACCCAGAAAACGAGUUGGCUAAUAUGAUCAGAGAUGAAGAAUAUGAGAGCAAAUCCGGCAAUGAUAUCAUGGAAGCACCCUCCGGCGACGAUCAAGAUCCCAACCAACGCCCUAAUAAAAAGAAGCGCCGCCACUACCGCCACACUCAACAUCAAAUCCAAGAAAUGGAAUCGUUUUUCAUAGAAUGCCCACAUCCUGAUGAUACGCAAAGGAAGGAUCUUGGACGUAGAUUAGGGCUGGAGGCUCUGCAAGUCAAGUUUUGGUUCCAGAACAAGCGCAGUCAAAUGAAGGCACAAAAUGAUCGCAGUGAGAACACGCAACUUCGGGCCGAGAACGAGAAGCUUCGAGCAGACAACAUCCGUUACCGGGGAGCACUACUGGGCAACGCCACUUGCCCCAACUGUGGAGGGCCGGCGGCCAUCGGAGAUAUGUCAUUUGAUGAACAACAGUUAAUAAGGAUCGAAAAUGUUCGCCUCAGAGAAGAGAUUGAAAGGAUUACCCAGAUUGCUGCGACGUUUGGGCAUCAGCCAGGGGAGCUGUACAGCGCCGGCGAUCUUCUCCGGUCAGUUUCCGGCCCCAUGGAAGCUGACAAGCAGAUGAUCAUUGAGCUUGCGGUGGCGGCAAUGGAGGAGCUGAUAAGAAUGGCGCAAACUGGAGAGCCUUUGUGGGUUCCUAGUCCAGACAACUCCAGUAAGGUCUUAUGUGAGGAGGAAUAUGUCCGGACGUUUCCCCGAGGAAUCGGCCCAAAACCUCUCGGAUUGAAAUCUGAAGCUUCGCGAGAAUCUGCGGUUGUCAUGAUGAACCACGUUAAUCUCGUCGAAAUUCUCAUGGAUGUGAACCAGUGGUCGAAUGUGUUUGCUGGCAUUGUUUCGAGAGCGAUGACUUUGGAGGUCUUAUCGACUGGCGUUGCAGGGAACUACUACAAUGGAGCAUUACAAGUGAUGAGUGCUGAGUUUCAAGUCCCUUCACCGCUUGUCCCAACACGGGAGAAUUAUUUCGUGCGAUACUGCAAACAACAUUCCGAUGGAACUUGGGCUGUCGUCGAUGUUUCCUUGGACACACUCUCCCGAUGUAGAAGAAGGCCUUCUGGUUGUUUGAUCCAAGAAAUGCCUAAUGGUUACUCUAGGGUGACAUGGAUUGAGCAUGUGGUUGAAGUUGAUGAUCGAGCAGUUCAUAGCAUUUACAGGCCAUUAGUCAACUCCGGCCUUGCAUUUGGAGCCAAACGCUGGAUAGCCACACUGGAUCGGCAAUGCGAACGCCUGGCAAGCGCAAUGGCGGCUUAUAACAUUAUUCCGGCAGUAGACGGUGGAGUAAUAACAAGCCCAGAGGGCAGAAAGAGCAUCCUUAAACUGGCUGAGAGAAUGGUGAUGAGUUUCUGCGCCGGUGUUGGGGCCUCUACUUCUCAGACAUGGACGACGCUGUCGGGCAGCGGCGCCGAUGAUGUUAGGGUUAUGACUAGGAAGAGCAUAGAUGACCCUGGGACACCACCUGGUAUUGUGCUAAGCGCUGCCACUUCAUUCUUCCUCCCCCUUCCACCCAAAACAGUCUUCGAUUUCCUUCGCGAUCAAAACUCCAGAAGGGAGUGGGAUAUUCUCUCAAAUGGCCGUCUUGUUCAAGAAAUCGCACAUAUUGCCAAUGGUCGUGAUCCAGGGAACAAUGUAUCUCUACUGCGUGUUAACAGUGCGAAUUCAAGCCAGGGAAAUAUGCUGAUGAUACUGCAAGAGAGCUGCACGGAUUCAACAGGCUGCUUUGUUAUGUACGCUCCGGUGGACAUUGUCGCCAUGCGUGUGGUCCUAAGCGGCGGCGACCCUGACUACGUCGCCCUCUUGCCGUCCGGCUUCGCCAUACUCCCCGACGGGCCACCCGGCAAUGGAGGGUUGAGCCCUGAGAUUGGGUCCGGCGGAUCACUGAUCACCGUUGCUUUCCAGGUUCUGGUCGAUUCAGUUCCGACGGCGAACCUAUCUCUUAGCUCGGUAGCGACGGUUAAUAGCCUCAUUAUGUGCACUAUGGAGAGUAUCAAAGGUGCAGUCAGGGCCCGCUUUGAGGGCGGGCCGGAAGGGCAUCCGCCAUGGACCCAACCUUAG